UACCACCAGUACCAAGUAGCAUACCGCAUUCAGCAUACAACUUGACUACCUAACUGACACAGUUGACAAUCGAACUGAGUGUGGAAGGGCUCAGGGACAAGCCAAAGGGCCCAGCGAACACGCCAACAAUCAAUUAUAUCACCACCACUGACAACAAUCUCAUACAAAGCUGCCGGCCACAAACCUCAUACGUGAUACUUACCACAAUACAUUAAAUUAGAAGAACUCACAAAGAUCUGCCACCACGAUCAUCCCUCCAGGAGCAGAGAGUUCGGGGCCUUUAUAUCAUUGACUUGCGAAGCCCAUAUCCACUUACACCGACUCCGGCGGCCAUCAAAUCCGAGCAAAGUACGGUGCUCCGAGCUCAACCCAAAACGGUACCGAGUAUUCACAUCACGAUGCCACCUCAAGGGCCCCUGUCGCCAUCGCGACCUCUGCCCUCGCGAACCUUCAAUCUGCCCUCCAGCUCAUCGUCUUCCGACACAGAAGACGAUGACCCCAAUGCUCUCCCCUUCCCGACAGCUCUUCCGCGCACCGACUUCCUAGCACCCGACUUCGAUGCAGCCACAUAUCUCUCUUCCUUGUCAGACAGGCAUCAGACCCUAGAAGACCUGCGAUCAGACCUGAGAGAGAGAAGCGCUGCGAUAUCCUCAGAACUUCUGGAAUUGGUCAACGCGAAUUACACGAGCUUCUUGAGUCUGGGCAGUGAGCUCAAAGGCGGAGAAGAGAGGGUUGAGGAUGUAAGGGUCGGUUUGCUCGGUUUCAGAAGGGCAGUCGACGAGGUCAAGGGCAGAGUUUCUGACCGCGGACGCGAGGCCAAAGCUCUGAACCACGACUUGGGGCAUGUACGAAAAGACAUUGAAGCUGGCCGCAGAUUGCUAGAGCUCAAUGACCGGCUAGAGUCUUUGGAGAGCAGACUAGCAGUCAACGGUGCCGAGCCCGAAAGUGAAGACAGUGAAGAAGAGGACGACGAGGACAGCGACGUAGUAGGGACAAGUAUCGCCAAGCUGACCGACCUCGCCAAGGACUAUGCUACGGCAGACGACUUGGCAGACACAAUUGGCCGGGAUAAGCCGCUCGUCAAGAAGAUGAACGAUAGGAUGACCAAAUGCCGGAGCACUAUAUUACUAGACCUUGCGGCAGCCUUGAAAGAGGCGAAGAAGGCCGGAUCUGCCGGUCAAGGAAAACUCUUGAAACUGAUGAGCAUAUACGCCCUUCUGGACGCGCAACUAGAGGCAGUUAAGACUUUGAAAAGCAUAUGAAUGACGCGAUGCAGCUUUUGCCGGAACAUGUUUUCAAAGAUACCCAGACCGACUCAGACUCGGUCGAAUAAAUUCUAUUGCUUUACCUCUACAGCUCGGCCUUCAUCAAGCAGACAUCAAUUGGAAGCCCCCUAAAACCUUUUGGCAUCUUGGAAUGAAAGCUACGGUGAAUCUAUGGAGACCUACAUUGAUAUCGGAGUGAAUCAAUGGUAAG